CCUCGUUCCUCAGCCAAACAAACCAGAGAGGGUCGACUCAGGUGUCCCGAGUGACAUUUUGUUACAUAAAAUAAUCUGUGGAAAAACCGGGUUGUAAACAGCGCACGAGGAGCCGCCACCAAACUAAACCACGUGAUCAAAUGCGGAAAUUGUCCGAUCGGGAAAGUGUAGCAUAGAAAAGAGGGGAGUGGAGGCUCUGGUGUACGUCUGUGUUUUGAGCUGCUGGUGACACUAGCUGGACUCUCCUCAACCAAACAGCACGUCCACGCUCACCCCAUCGGUUAUCUGCUCACUCAGAGGCACCAGUGUCACCUGUCGGGAAUCAAAGUAAGGGUUGUUCUGAGGUCAGACUGCUGAGAUGACAAGGCUGUGACAGUGUGUGUCCAAGUGUGUCGGUACUGGACCAAUUCCUGUGACAUGGCUGCUGCUAAGAAGAGUUGUGCGAAGGCAGGAGGCGUGCGCUUCUCAGAGAUGCCCCCCGCUGCUGGAGCCCCAUCACAUGUUCACUUUGACGAAAAGCUGCAUGACUCCGUUGUCAUGGUGACUCCAGAGGACGAUGGCAACUUCAUGGUGAAGGUUGGCUUCCUGAAGACGCAGCACCGGUAUGAAGUAGUGUUCACCUUGCCCGAGGUCCCAGCUCUGGGGAAGGACGUGUGUCCAGCACCAGUGCCUAGUCCACACCUCCGGAUCACUGAUAUCACACCGGCACCAGAGGGAGGUCUGAAGGUGACGUGUGAGUACAUGGCCCAGCAGGAGGGCGUUCUGUGUGAGGAGGUGCUGCUGCUGAGCGAGACCAACGAGGACGUCUGUGUUAAAGUCAAAGUUCACGCCAGAGUCAUGGAUCGUCACCAAGGUACACCCAUGCUGCUGGAUGGCGUCCGCUGCAUCGGGGUGGAGCUGGAGUACGACUCUGAGCAGAGCGACUGGCAGGGAUUCGACUAACCCUGUAGCUCCUGCUCCUGUUCCACCUGAAGCACACACACACAUAUACACAAACCUGACACACGCACACACACACACACACACACACACACACACACACACACACACACACACACACACCUGACAUCAUAGAACUGUACAACCACCAAAUUUAACACACACCAAAUAGGAAACAGCGUACACACAGAUGAUUUAGUGCCACGUAAUGUACAUACAGCAAGUGUUCACUGUUGGAUUCUCACAUACAGAAACAUUCCUCUGCUGCAGCUUUCACAACAUCAUCUGAACAGUCAGUUUCCUCCAGCUCACCUUUUUGUCACCACCUCGGUUCUGUUGUUAACCUGUGUUUCCCUCACUGCACCUCUAGAGAGCAGCAGCGCUCUUUGAAUCAGUGCAGCCUCAAAUCUCUUCUCGCCGCCUCCUGUGCUCCAGUUCACACUCUCCCUGACGUGCAAACUGAACCCCAGGUGAGGCGGUAAAUAAGGGCUCUUUUAUUAAUUAGGUAGCUUACAAUUGAAUCUAUGGGAAGGAAUAUAAAUCUGCACAAAUCAGGGAAAAAAAGUUGAAGUGAUUAGCAAAGCUGAGCCUGUAAUGCCUCUGUUUAACCACAGGGGGGCGCUGCAGACCGCUGUAUGUAAAGCUCCUCCAGUGUGCAGGCUGUUUUUGGUGCUGCAGUGUGGUCACAGUCUCCAUUUAAAGGAAAAAUCCAACCAGGGCACCCUUACCCUGUUAUAUAUAUCUCUCAGUAUACGAGGUUCAUGUUGCGAUUAUUACUUACAAAGUUUACAAAUUUUCUGCAUUUGCGUGGAAAUCCCAAGUAACGUGUGUGAACUUAUUCCAACAUUUGCAGCAGCAGCAAUGAGAAGAGAGGCUUUCCUCUGAGGGAAAAAUGUGCUCCGGCUGUAUGGCGUUAAUCUAUUGAGGUAUUUUUCUGGAUUGGACCUACCUGUAUACAUUCGUGCAAGCAAGUGCAUCUAGAAAGACGUACUUUGCCUUUUGUUUUGAGGAACUGACAACAAAAUCUGAGGCUUGCAGACUGUGUUUGAGAUUUCUGAACAACCCAGUCAGCACAAGAAAAUGAUGGCAUUGUACAUUUCUGCAAACCACAGAUACAUUUUUAUUUCAGAGGUAUCAUAUCAUGCUUCUAAAGAGCUCUGAUUACUGUAAAACUUCAGUUAAACGCCCAGUCCCUUUUACUAGCCUGGUAUGGCUGCACAUUGUGACAAAUAAAGGCCUGUCUCAAUUAGAGGCCGGGUCUGGUUGCCAAGCAGUUGGCUACCUCAAAUUAUGCAUCCAUUCCUGGAUUACUCUGUAAGUUAUUCAUAUUCCUUCAGUCCGUAAGGGUCCUCAGAUCAAAAGAAUCAAAACGGUUUUUCAUAGAAAUGAAUCCAAGUUGUGAGAAUUGUUUGAAGUGGUGCCGGAUGCCGUCGUCCUUGAGUGCUGUAACUCGUGCUGUCUGUCAGAGCUAGAUCAAAUGAAUGAAUCAUAACUGAUAAAUUAUCUGAAGCCUAAUUUUUAUGCAAGUACAAUUCAUCCUGGUUUAAAUAAACAGUUUUAAUGUAACUUUGUGUGAAAGGAAUUAAAGGCCUGUCCCAAGUAUAGGCCCCUUGAGUUCGGUUAUUUAAGCAAAUAAUAGCCCGGGCUACUAAUUUAAGUUUUACAGUAUGUCUAUAUGAGACGACUUUGUUAGCUGAAGGUGGAGGGGAUGGAGGAUGGCCUGACAUCAAGGUGCAGACAGCAGCAGACCACAGUUCGAGACCUACAGACCAAAAAUUGGGUGUUGUAAAGCAAGACAUCAGAAGCAUUUCAAGCAGCAAAAGCAGGCAUUCAAGCCAAAAUGUGACCUUUUCCGAACCACAGCCAAUUUGUUUUUGUGCCUAAACAUAGCCAGAUGUUAACUAGUGUUUUUUUUUGUCAUUUAAACAGAUGACUUUUAAAACAACAGUCCAAAACAAAAACAGAACCACAGUCUAUUACAGCAACAGAUGCAUCCAGAUGUACUUCAGUGUCAUGGGCCCUUCAUAAACAGAAAGUUCUCCCAUUUAUGAGCCAGUAAGUAUUCAAAGAAGGCAGCUUCUGUCCUACGGCUAAUCCAUUUAGCGAAUUCUGUCUUUUUUUUUGUAUUUUUCCAGUGCUUGAACCACGGUGUUGUUGAAGUGUAAAGACACGUAAAAUUUCAACACCUCCACCACAUAACAAUGUGUAAAAUCUGUGGUUUUGAAAAGUGUACAAAGCCAAAGUUUAUUCUGAUGACUAAGUUGUUCUGAAACACUUUUCUACUGCAAAACCUUUUUGUCGUUAAACUGCAAAUGUUUGGCUUUAUUUGCUGCGAAUUUUAAAAGCCAAACAGCAAGAUUUAAUCAGAAAUGGUGGCUGUUUGUGAGGGUGUUAAACAGAGCGAGUUAAAAUGACAAAAAUUCUCUGAGUCCAGUUUUGCAAAUAUGGGGAUUUCUUUCAUCUCUCUGUUUUGUUGUCUUUGUAAAUUUAAUAUCUUUGAGUUUUGGAUCGUUGUUCCAACCAAACAAGACAUUUGAGGACAUUUUUUCUGUAUUCCUGGUGUCUUUAAACCCAAAUACCCUUUAAUCAAGAAGUAACCAUUAGAUUAAUGAACACUGAAGAGUGUUCUGGGUGGAUUUUUCCUUUAAGAAAACCUGCUGCAGCCGGUCCAGAUGAGUUUCUUUCUUUCUUCAUGAAGCCUUCAGAACACACGUGCGACGCAAAGUGCCUUUCAUUGUACCCUGCCAUCCUGUUUCUCCUGUAACUUGAGCCUGGUGUGGUUUCAUCAUCUCCUGUCACACACUGUACCCUCCAGACGAACACAGGGACCAGUGUGGGGCCCACUGUUUGUUGUCUCUCCCCUCUCCCUCCACCGGCUUGCCUCAGACAGGUGCAUACCUGACUCCCAUCACUCCUCUGGCAGUGCGAGUGCAGCUCAGAGAGAGUCGACAGGUUGUAAAUGAGUUUAAUCACCUGUCAGCUCUGCUUCAUUUACAUUGUGCCAUGAUCUGGCUGCACUGUCGUCUCCCCUCUUUUUACAGACUCCUGACAUUCUUUGUGAAUCGACAUGUUUUGUUUCUGUUAAACCCUCCUGAAUACAUCAGCCUUAAAGGAAAGGAUUCUGUGUGUAACUUCUCAGUAGAUUUCAGAGUAGAUUUAUUAGCUGUUUGCUUGUGAUAGGUCAAAGUUUGUUUCUUCUUCUUCUUGGUGUUAAACUGAAACGCUCGUUAGGUUACUGUUUGGAGAAUGUAGCAGUUUAUUUGUCGACGUCUCUCUUCUGUGUGUGUGGUUUGUAUUUUUUAAUGUCAAAAAACGAAUAAAAAUGAGUGUGAGUUUU